GGCUAUCACACUCUUCUGUCAUUAUGGAAAAAGAGGAAGAAAAUGUGUACUAUAUCCGGCAUAGAAUUCUACUUCCGGUUGCAGCCCAAAGACUUGAAAAAUGGAAAAAGUCCUAGAAAAGCAUUUAGACGAAACAUUCAGACUACCAGGGGUUGCAGGUGUUCUUUGUGCAGAUGAAAAUGGACUUUGUCUAGCAGCUAAAGGAGUAGCAGAAAAGUCUGCCGCAGGAAACAUUGCCAGUAUUGCAAAACAAGCAGCUCAGUUACAUCCAAAUUCUUCUACUCCUCCAGUAAUCUGUAUUGAAUCAGAAACAGGGAGUGUUCUUAUUAAAAGUGAAGAUGAUAUUACAAUGGCAAUAUAUAAAUCAUCACCAUCAUGAACAAGAACCUUAACUGUGUUAGAUAAUAAUAACUGUAUGUAGCUGUAGAGCUGAAAAACUAUUAGGAAAUUGUGCAAUGUUUAUAAAUGUUUUAGUCUGUAAACUUUUCUUACUUUAUGAUUUAAUAAAUUAAUAUAUAAAAUGUGUA